AUGGUUUUCAGGUCCCCUUUAGAGCUUUAUCCCACCCAUUUCUUCUUGCCAAACUUCACCACCGACCUGCAUCACCGCUCCUUACUUCUCGCCAGUAGCAGCAGCAGCAGCAGCAGCAGCAGCACGGGCUGCAGCCCCGGUGCUGGCGGCGGUGGAGGAGGCAGCUCCAGGGGACCGCAAGAAGAGUUGUCAAUGUUUCAGCUGCCCACACUCAACUUCUCCCCGGAACAAGUGGCCAGUGUCUGCGAGACGCUGGAGGAGACUGGAGACAUCGAGCGGCUGGGGAGGUUCCUCUGGUCGCUGCCCGUGGCGCCAGGGGCAUGCGAGGCCAUCAACAAGCACGAGUCAAUCCUCAGAGCCCGGGCGGUGGUGGCCUUCCACACCGGCAACUUCCGAGACCUCUAUCACAUCCUGGAGAACCACAAAUUCACCAAGGAGUCCCAUGGCAAGUUGCAGGCCAUGUGGCUCGAAGCGCAUUACCAGGAGGCCGAGAAGCUGAGGGGUCGCCCGCUAGGGCCGGUUGAUAAAUACAGGGUGAGAAAGAAGUUCCCGCUGCCCAGGACCAUCUGGGAUGGAGAGCAGAAGACGCACUGCUUCAAGGAGAGGACUCGCAGCCUCCUCAGGGAGUGGUACCUGCAAGACCCCUACCCCAACCCCAGCAAGAAAAGGGAACUGGCGCAGGCCACCGGCCUCACCCCCACGCAAGUAGGCAACUGGUUCAAAAACCGAAGGCAAAGAGACAGAGCAGCCGCUGCUAAAAACAGGCUCCAGCACCAGGCGAUAGGACAGAGCGGCAUGCGGUCGCUGGCAGAGCCCGGCUGCCCUACACAUAACUCGGCCGAGUCUCCGUCCACGGCGGCCAGUCCUACCACCAGCGUCUCCAGUUUGACAGAAAGAGCCGAGACGGGGACCUCCAUCCUCUCGGUAACCUCCAGCGACUCGGAAUGUGAUGUAUGA